GAACUGUCGACAUGUGUUUCACAACAUAGAGUCAGUGUUAUUUCUUUUUUCGAGUAAAAAGCCGCAAAAAUCGUAUUUGCAUUAGAUGAACGUUGAAACAUGAGUCAGGAAAAUCAAUUCCCAUUUAAGGGGUCCACACUUGCGGCUACAGCUGCAGGAAUUGGCCUUUGUUUUGUGGCAGUCAAGUAUCGGUCACCAAUUAUUAAACAAAUAAAAGUGAUGGCCAAUUACACAGAUCCACUUCGAAACCAAAAAGUUCGAGUGAUUGAUACAGUCGACGAAUGCCGAACUCUAAUGAGAAAUAUGAAAAUGCAUUGCAAUGAAUAUAAUGUGCUUGGAUUUGACUGCGAAUGGGUCAGUUUUGCAGGAACUCGACGACCGGUGUCAAUGCUACAAUUAACUUCACAUCGUGGUCUAUGUGCCUUGAUUCGACUAUCACAUUUACAGAUGAUUCCAUCCGAACUCAAAGAAAUUCUGGAAGAUGACAAUAUUCUGAAGGUUGGUGUUGGUCCUCAAGGUGAUGCUACUUAUUUAGCACAAGAUUAUGGUGUUUGUGUAGCUAGUACAUUGGAUUUGCGUUACUUGGCUGAAAUGACUGAAUGCUACCCUGGUGGACUGGGCAAAAUGUCCGAAAAAUACUUGAAAGUUAAGCUCAACAAAGACUGGCGCAUUCGAUGUUCAGACUGGGAGGCGCCGAUAUUAAAUGAAAAGCAAAUUGAUUACGCGGCAAAAGAUGCACAUGUAGGAAUCGAACUAUUCAAAUUUUUUAUUGCCAAACUGGAACGGCGCCGAGUGUUUGAAAAACAAUCAACUUAUCUGCAACGAAUCAUCGAUGAAUACUGCUUUAGAUACCUUGACAUCGGCUUUGGCAAAAAAGCAGUUUCGAAAAAUAGUCAAGAACCAGAAAAGAAAAGCUUGAAUAGUGUGUCUCUUUACAAUUUGAAAAUUAUGAAAAGUGGAAUACGUCAAAAGCCAUUGUACACAAACUGCCUUUUGGAGGCAAAUGACGGUGAGCUCUUAUGCACUAUUGACCAAAGGAAAGCAAUGUGGUAUGUGAACAAAGAUCUCGGCGAAAUUGUGUCAGAAACUCCAUUAACCGUUCGAUUGAAGUUCGAACCAGCCGGCAGAGCAGUUGGCCAAACAGGAAAGUAUUAUAAAUUGGCCAAAGAGAAUAAAUGUGUAGCUUGCGGUGAAGACAAAAAUUACGUUCGAAAAAAUGUUGUACCGCGAGAUUAUCGAAAGUAUUUUCCAUUGGUUAUGAAGGGCCAUACCUCGCACGAUGUGGUUCUGCUAUGUCCACGAUGCCAUCAAAUCAGUAAUAUACAUGAUGAGAAGCUCCGUGAAAAAUUGGCAGAACACUGCAAUGCACCGAUCAUUCCGAAAACUUUGGAAAUACCUCGAUUGAAGGAAUUGAAAUCGAUUUGUCGAGCACUAUACCUGCAACGUAACAAAAUACCAGAAGAACGACAACAUGAACUACGUGCCAGAUUACAGAAGCUGUGUCCAGAGGAGGAGAAUUUUUCAGAUGAAUUUUUCAAGUCAUAUGUUGACAUUGACGCAUAUGAAAUGAAUGAUAACUAUUCUGCACAUGGAGCAAAAGUUGUUGAAUUCUAUCAGAAUAGCGAUGCAGGAUUGAUAGGUUUGGAGCGUAUAUGGCGCGAACAUUUUUUGAAAACGAUGAAACCAGAGUUUUUGCCAGAUCUUUGGUCAAUUGAACACAACGCUGAAAGAUUGAAAAUUCGUGCGGAUGAGGGUCGCAUUGACGAAAAUGACAUGAAAUUGGCUGGGCUGCCAUUGCUAAGUGCAAACAACUGAUACAUCACAAAAAACAUCACAUUAUUUAUCUAUUUAUUUCUUUUAAGAACAUUUUGAUACUUUCGAAUGAAAGAUGGCCGAUUUGCAAUUCUUUUUUACAAUUAAU